UUCUCUCCAAUCAACCAUCAAAUGAAAGUUUAAAAUCUCAAGAGAUUUUUGAAAAAGAGAAUCGAAUGGCUUCUUCCAUGAAUAAAACUAGUUCACAAGAACAAGUUUCAUCAUCAUCUUCAUCAUUAAAUUGGAAGGAACGAAUUCUUUUUCCCACUCUAUUAGCUGGGGUGACUGGUGGAGGAGCUGGUUUGAUAUCAAAGCAUCGGAAAGUUCAUGGAUUAGCAAAUAUUUGUGGAACUUAUGCAACUAAUUUUGCUAUUGUUACUGCAUGUUACUGCGGUGCUCGUGAGUUUGUAAGAGUGAGUAGAACAGGAAAGCCUGAUGAUCUGCUGAACUCAGCAAUUGGAGGUUUUGGUAGUGGUGCUAUACUUGGACGUCUGCAAG